AUGGAGUUCGACCCUGAUUUCCAAACCCCGUUGAUUCUAGACGAAUCCUUAGAUCUAUCAGACACUGAAGAGUCACGGUUUAUCGGUUCGCUAUCAGACGGCCUGUUGGCCAAGUCUGAACCCAUCCUGUCUAUGUCUACUCUUCAGAAGCCUCCACAGGCUGCCUUGCUCGAUUACGAAUCUGCUAGGUCCGUACAAGAUGGUGCCUCCUAUUCCAGUUUUGGUCAGGCCCCAUACGUGACGAGCACACCAAUGGUGCCAUCCCCCAUGGCCGACCAUGCGAGUCAAAUAUCCGACUGUGUCCCAUACAUGGGAAAUCAAGAAUAUGCCAGCUCUUACGAAGACAGUCGGUCACCCAUGCUAGGUGGCGAAUCCCGUCAACUACCAGAGGUGAUCUCUUAUUCUCCCCAAAGAGGAUCAGAAGGGACUCGGGUGUUUGUGCAAAUCCAGUCCCCAUAUGACCUUCACACUUCAUCUUAUGCAACUCUUUACCUGGUUUUUGGUUCGAAGAAGUGCGAGUGUGUGCCGCAUUUCCUGGGUUUCCAGGGCUCUUUGUUUCAGUAUGCCCUCUCGGUGGAUACCCCUCCAUUCAUCUCGACGGGCUCCCCAUCUUUCGCUGUGCCCUUGCAAGUGGCGAUGAAUGCCCAAAACGAGUGUCCUUCCACUACCCUUCAGGUUGGUGUGUAUACCUAUGAGAACGCUUCCCAUCCCUCGCCAUCGGACGAGUCUCGAAAGAGGAUCGUGUCAUACUCGGAGGAACCUAGGUCAGCCAAGAGGACGACGGGGCCGCCAAUCCAUGGCAAAGAGCAGCCGCCAGCCUACUCUUAUUCGCCUUAUUUGCAAUCUUUGCCUGCGAUGAAUGGCUUCGUCGCUCCAUAUCACUCGACCUCAUCACCCCGAGUUGCUCCAGCACAUUACUCGACUGUAACGGCAACGUCACAGUCCAACAUCCGAGCACCCUCGCCCCUCGCUCCUUCAUGGAGUCCUUCAUACGUGACUGUUCACGGAGAUUCUAGAGCUCCUGGGUUCGCUUAUGCCCACGGCCUCCGCCACCAAAAGCCAACUUCCCCCGCGCGGAUCACUAACCCAACGCUUAUUCGCACCUCCACACUGCAACAGUCAAGCAGCCUUAGUCAUCACACUCAGUCGUUCAACCCCUAUGCCAUGUAUCCCUCGAAGGCUGUCUUGAAGCUGAAUGGCAGCUUGGACUCGAUGACAGAAAGCUGGACUAAAGAGGAGCGCGAGUCCAAGCGGCGCUUGGUUCAAUUCACUCGUAUGCAAAGUGGGAGCACCAUCCAUGCGGACUUUAACCCAGUUACUCCUGAAGAUCGUGCUCCCAACAGUAUCUGCAUUAGUUGCAUCUACUGGGAUGGCAAAGAUGAAUGCUUCAUCACGAGUGUCGAUACCAUCUACCUCCUUGAGUCCCUUGUUGGUGUGAGAUUCACCGUGGAAGAGAAGAAUCCCGAUAGCGAGGACUUCUUCAAGGUGAUCAUGGGAUUCCCUGCCCCGAAGCCGCGCAAUAUUGAGAAGGAUGUCAAGGUAUUCCCUUGGCGGAUACUCGGCCAUGCUCUAAAGAAGAUCAUUGGUAAAUACUCCGCAAGCUACUCCUCGACCGCUGGGGCCCUUCCCACACCCAUGAGCUCAACUUAUACUAGCAAUGGAGCUGCAUCGGACUCUGGCACCGAACCUCCGAACGCGGCAUCUCCACAGUCUGUCUCUGACACUGGUCCAUCAACUACCUAUGGUGCCCAUGUGGCAGCCGCAGCCUAUUCCCCUCCAGCACAUCACCCUGGGCAUUCCAUGGCUGGCACUCAUGAGCUACGAGCUGUGUUACCUGCUGUUAGCCAACCCUAUCAUCCUAUGCCUGCCCCAUAUUCUUAUCCAGCGGUCUGCCAACAACAGAGUCAACUUGGUCUCACUGCACCUGUUAGCAGAACUUGGGAGAUCAACCCUCUCAUCAAUGCUCCUGGUACAAAUGGAGGCCCCACCUACAACUACUUGACCCCAAUGUCAUACUCCGUUCAAGACCCGUCUCAUUAAGCUGGGACCUUUAUAAUACGUCAUCCCUUUUUCAAUCGCAUUGCACGGCGUUUUCGGUUUUUGUGUGUUCGAACUUAUCCUUCCUGAUAUCCAUUAUCGUCACUCCUUUUUUUAAGCCACGGCGCUGGGUCAAUAAUCAUAUCUUACGAGUUGGCUUCAGCGUUUUCUAUGAUGAUCACUCGGAUGAUCGACGUCUCUCCUUUCAUACUUCAUGUCUUAAUGCCCCAUUCUUUUCGUCAUUUAAAGCCUGUUGACAUGACGCAUUUUAGACGAUCUGUUGUCCGUUCCCUCCAGCAUUUGCAUUAUAUAGGGGCAUUGGGAUUUCACUCCUUUCCGGAAUUUGUACAAUUAUUUUUUGGCAUAGCAUGGCGCUGCUGUCGUUCCUUUUGGUUUCGCAGGUCUGGGUAUUUGGAAUUUGUGGGUGGGAUGGCGAAGGAAAAGUGUGUGCAAUGGGUCUUGUUUGUUUUUCUGAUGCGCUGUGGUUCACUUGUGCCUUGAGCACCGUGAGACUCCAGGCAGACUUUGUGUUCUUUUACUUAUUUGGAUCGAUCUCGAUUGGGUGAGAUUCCACUAUAUAUGCAUAGCUUUGGCGCCUGUGAAUACCGCUAUAUUUUGAUUUUUGAUUUUUUGAUCUUGUUGCUUGAUCGAUUCCAUUCAACCCCCAUCUGUGUUAUUGAUUGACUUGAGAAUGGUUUUAUAGUAUAGUACCCAGAUUCCGCCCAUUAAUAAUAGCUGAUUGUUU